CAACAUACGACAUGUAACAUGAGCAACAGCCUGGAAGCCAAGAUCGUUGUCCUCGGGGCCCAAGGAGUAGGCAAGACGAGCCUGGUGCAGCGCUACGUCCGCAACUCCUUCAGCCAGACGGCGCCCGCGUCGACCGUCGGGGCCUCGUUCGUGACCAAGCGGGUGCUCGACUCGACCUCGGACACCAUCGUGCGGCUGCAGAUAUGGGACACCGCCGGCCAGGAGCGCUUCCGCAGCAUCUCGCGCCUCUACUACCGCGGCGCCCACGCGGGGCUGCUCUGCUACGACAUCACCGACGAGCGCUCCUUUGACGAGAUGCGCGGCUGGCUGCUCGAGCUCAAGCAGAAUCUCGGCGGCGGCGGCGGCGGCGGCGGCAGUGGUGAGGCCGCGGACGGGCUGGUCAUCCACGUCGUCGGCACCAAGUCGGAUAUCGUGGCGGACGACCCGGCCCGUCGACGGGUGCCCUUUGAGCGUACCAUCGCCUACGUCGCCGAGCAGCUGUACCCGUCCCAGGCAUCGACGCCGCCCCCAAGCUCUGGCAUGGGCAGCGCCAGCAACAGCAAUAAUAAUAAUAAUAAUAACGCCUACAACUACAACUACAGUGGGAGUAUGGCGCCGGACAGCAAGCGGAACAGCGGGUUCUGGGCGCAGGACAUCGGCUGGGACUGCUGCCACGAGAUCAGCAGCAAGGACGGCGAGGGCAUCGACGAGGUGUUUCGGGUCAUCACCCGCAAGCUGGUCGAGCAGCGCACCCGGAGAGAGCGGCAGGGCGAGGCGUCUGGGGGCAGUGCUGGCGGUGCUGCUGGUGCUGGCCGUGCUGGCCGUGCUGCUGCUGGUGCUGCUGGCUCCUCCGCCAUCCACACGCCCGGAGGCAGCAACGGGAGCAUCAGGGCCCGGUCGAGAGCCGGUCGCACCUCGGGGGACGCUGACAAGAGGCGCAGUUGGCUCAGUUUCCCGCCGGCCCUCAUAGGCGAUGCGGAAGACGAGCCUGAGCAGGACGCGGACGGCGGCCUCGACCUCACCGUCCAACGCAAGCGAUGCUGUUGA